GCGAUAUGAAUUCGCUGUGACAGAAUUUUCCUCAUACGAGAAGGGUGUAGUUGUGUUCGGAACAAAAAAAUGGAUUUAUGCGAGGAUUUCAAUGCGGGGGUGAUUGACGUGGAAAAAUCUGAAGACAGUCCUAUACUGACCACGAAAAAGUUGACUCCCACACUAUUUCAUCAGCCAAGUUUAAGGUCUAAUAACUCCAAGAAUUCUAGCAGACGUCCUUUUCCUUCUCCCUUCCUCCAGAAGUCUCGCAAACGGGUCAUCUUUAAAAACGGCACCUGCAACGUCACAAGAUCCAGGAUAGCAGGCAAAAAGAGGCUUAAGUUCCUCCAGGACCUUUUCACCACUUUGGUGGACGCUAAAUGGAGAUGGACCCUUUUGGUCUUCGCCGUCAGCUUCUUGGUAUCAUUCGUAGGAUUUGCUUUGGUGUGGUGGAUCAUAAGCGUGAGCCAUGGGGAUCUAGAACCUGACCACUUGCCUCCCUUACAGAAGAUGAACGGUUGGACUCCUUGCGUCACAGAGAUCUACAAUUUUACUUCUUCCUUCCUGUUUAGCGUCGAGACCCAGAUCACGACCGGUUAUGGUGGGAGAUCCAUAACCGAGGAGUGUCUAGAUGCCAUCAUAGUCAUGUGUUUGCAGAGUGUGGUGGGCAUGAUGAUUCAAGCCCUGAUGAUCGGCAUAGUAUAUGCAAAACUAACCAGGCCGAAACAAAGAGCUCAAACGCUUCUAUUUUCUAAAAACGCCGUAGUUUGUCAGAGGGAUGGCCAACUGUGCUUUAUGUUCAGAGUGGGUGACAUGAGAAAAAGCCACAUAAUUGAUGCCAACGUAAGAGCUCAGGUUGUGGCUUCAAGAAGGACGAAAGAAGGGGAGUUUCUGAACCAGUAUCACACAGAGUUGGAACUAUCUGCCGAUAGCGUUCAAGGAAAUCUGUUCUUCAUAUGGCCGAUGACUAUAGUACACAUUAUCGAUGACAGAUCUCCAUUUUACUACUUGUCGGCUGGAGAUAUGUUGCAAGGGAAUUUCGAAGUCUUAGUUAGCCUGGAAGGUACGACAGAGAACACUGGUCAAGCAACGCAAGCGCGUACUAGCUAUGUCGCUAACGAAAUUCUAUGGGGCCAUGCCUUUAAGCCCAUCAUUUACUACAACAAUGAGAGGGAAGGUUAUGAAGCUAAUUACUCGAAAUUCGAUGAAACCCAACCAAUCGAUACACCACUGUGCUCGGCAUCGGAGCUUUACGAAUACAGAAAGCUUCAUGGGUAGCAAAGAAUAACCCAGGAACAACUCAGUUCAACGGUUUGAAGCCA